CUGUGCGACAGUGGGAGGUACUAUUCUCUCGUCACUCAAAUACUUAUUUCCUGCAUCGUAGCUUAACAUCAUAACUCAUUCGUCCACGUUCAAAGGCUAAAGUGUUACGAUAUUUAUUGAUUCAAGAAUCUUAAAAAUACACGAAAUUUCUUCUUCUGAUUUCUUCUUCACAGUUUUUAAAAGUUAUAACUUUUAUCCUUAGUAUCAGAGUGAUGGAUGAGGAAGGACACGUGAGUCUUACGUUAGAAUCUGUGCGUGAAUUAAUAACAAAGGAUGAACCUGAUGUGGAAAUUACCAGUUUGAAAGAAGAACUCGGUUCAGGAAGAGGUGACAAUUAUACAUCUAUGCUAUAUCGUAUUCGAGCAAAAGGUCGAAAACAAGUAAAAAAUCGUGAAUGGGUCAAUUAUGAACGUGCGAUUAUUUACAAAGUUUUACCUCGAUCAAGAGAACAUCGUGAAGCUUUUAAAAGCGAACUACUAUUUCAAAACGAAGUAGCAUUUUAUACGCAUGUGUGGCCCGCUCUGAAUGAAUUACAAACAAAUGGUAAAGAAGUUUUUGGAGGAGUCGCAAAAAUAUACGCGGCGCGAAUUGAUCUUAUUGUUAUGGAAGAUUUACGAGAAAGAGGCUUUAAAAUGGAAGACAGAAGAAAAGGAUUACAACUUGAGCAUUUGAAACGAACGUUGAAAGCUUUAGCUGGUUUUCAUGCGCUCAGCCUAACUCUUAGAGAAACGAGGCCGGAAGAAUUUGCAAGACUGACAGAUCCAAAUAGAGGUCAAGGUAUACAAGAAGCCCUUUUUCGAACAGAAAAUGAGGAUUGGUAUCGUCAAUAUUAUCAUGUUGCUGCUAAGAAUGCCAUUAGAAUGGUUUCUGAUGGUUUUCCUCCUCACAUGGAAUCCAAGAGACUCGAGAUAAUGGAGAAAUUACGAGCAUUUCUUAACGAUGAUGUAUUUUUUCGUACCAUGAGCGAAAUUGCAGCCAUGCAAGGUCCUCUUACAGUUUUUUGUCAUGGUGAUUGUUGGACUAAUAAUUUUUUAUUUAAAGAUGAUUCGACUAAUCCAGAUGAAGAAGAUGUCUAUUUAGUUGAUUUUCAACUAUCUCGAGUUGGUUCACUUGCCCUUGAUCUUGCGAAUUUGUUGUAUUGCUGUGCAAAUGGAGAGAUUAGACGAGCGCACAUGACACAGCUCCUUCAACAUUAUCAUUUCCAUCUAAUGUCUUCGUUACAUACGCUUAAUCCAAAACAGCCACCAAUAGAUCCAUCUGUAAUGUGGGAACUAUUAAACGAAGAAAUGCGACGAUGCGGCCGAUUCGGUGCAGGGCUUGCAUUGGAUAUUUUGCCAAUUAGUACAUGCGAAAGCAACGAAGCUCCAGAUUUAUAUGAAGAAUCAGAAACAAGUAAAGGGAAGCAAAGCGCUCGAGUACCGCCACGAGGAGGAGCCGAAUGUGCGCGACUUAUGACUGAUCUAGUUUUAGAACUGGUUCAUAAUCAUGCUUUAUAGAUUGAAUCAUACGAAAUCUUUAUGAAUAUUAUUCGAAUAUCUUUCUUACAUGGCUACAAAACAAAUGAAUUGUAAUUGUCAUCGCGUAAUCUUAUGUAUAUGUUUAUACGCGUUUAAAUUAUGUAAAUUUCGAUAAAAAUUGGCAUUUUUAUGGCACGAAAGUCUAUAAAAAUAUCUAGUUAUAUUAAAUGAGAGGAAAUAAAAUGAACAUUAUUCUAUAUUGCAAAAAUA